CCACGCUCUAUCUCUUUAACAUCGAUAUCCGCCGACAGGACUAGCUACUUUGCCUUCGCAUCCAAGGACAGGACACAGGGCAUGCCGGCCAAGCAGGAGGAGCGCAUCGCGCUGACCUCUGCACGGGACCUCCAUGCCUACUUUGCCCAGAUUGGCGCGUCGCUGCAGGAGCCCGAGACCGAGGACUCGUGGCAGCGCCUCGACAGGGCCCUCGCCCGCCUCGAGGUCGUGACCAAGUCGGGCGGAUACAAGUACGAGGACUUUGUUGUGCUGUUCAAGGGCAUUGCAAACCCCAUCAUCAGCUCGCUGCUCUCGGAGAGGACCAAGCUCUCGGGCACGGCGGCCGACGUCGUCAACUCGGUGGCCCCGCGUCUGGCCGAGCGCUUCGAGAGCCUCGUGCCCAUCUUUGUCCCCACGCUGCUCCAGAUCUGUGCGCGCACCAACAAGGUUGCGCUGGCACGGGCGAAAAAAUGCCUGCUGCUCAUCGCAAAGCACUGCCGCCUGCCCUCGCUGCUGCCGCUCUUGCGCGAAGGGGCCAGGGACAAGGCACAGACGCUGCGCAUCGUCGCAGUCGAGUGUACGCUACUGCUGCUCGAGUCUCAGGAGAGCAAGGAGAGAAUCGGGAAGCGCGUCGCCGAUGUCGAGACGAUCAUCAGGGGCGCUGCGACAGACAGCAACCCAGAGGUGCGCCAGUGGAGCAAAAAGGUCUUUGAGCUGUACGUGGCCCGGUGGCCAGAACGUGUGGAGCAACUCACGGCCGCAUUUACACCUACGAUUCGCCGGUACCUUUCCCUGCCCAAGACUGGGCCAUACAAGCCGCCGGCCUCGUUCUUCAGUGUGGAAGCUGGCAAAGAGGAGGCUGUGACGAUUAUGGAGCCUCGGGCGAGGCCAGCGGAAGUCGCAUCGAGCAAAGUGGCAGUCAAGCCAGCAAGAGUGCGGCUUGCACCUCCAUCCUCGUCCCACGAUGAGCCUGUCGCAGCGCGGAGCUCAAAGGCAAUCGCCGAAGUGCAGCCCUCGUCGUCCUCUUUGCGCUCUGCUCCGCAUGCACCACUGUCCUCGUCGGCCAGCUCGACCGCGUCGCGUCCGCUCGCAGCCACUGCGCACGUCAAGACGAGCUUCUCGGUCGCCUCGGGGCUCAAUGUAGCCUCACUGACCACUGCCUUUACGAUGCCCCACGCGAGGGCCAACAGCCACACGGCGCCGCACGACUCGAUGCGCAGCGCCGUAGCCUCGGUGCCGGGGCAGCGGGAGCGACCGCGCGUGGUGCAGACAAAGAGCUCGUCGUCAUCGAGCGACCCUCGUUCUUGCGAGGAUCAUGCGAUGGGAAGCGAGCAUGCACGAAUGACGAUGGCAGACGAGGAGAAGCAGCGACGAAGGCGAGAGCGCAGCAGCAGCAGCAAGUCGACGAUGAGGACCUUGAAAAUCGACCGAUUCCAAUGCUCAAGUUUGACAAUGUCGAUGUGCCUAUGCAGACAGCGGCAAAGAAGCCCGAUCAACAGGCCGAUGUGUUCGGGACGAGACCGGCAGCAGCCUCGAUUGCGAGUCGCAAGCCGCUGACGGCAUUGACCAAGCGCAGGGUCAGCUCGACGGCAAAGAAGAUGGGCGCGCGGCAGCGAUUGCUGGGUCCGUCGGCCAAGAUUGUUGCGGGCAAGCGGGCAGCGCCGCUGGCUGCGCUCAGA